GGCCGGCUCGCCGAGCAACCUUUCACUCGCGUCGGGGUUUUGUGCGUUGGCGGCAAAAGCAGUUUUUAAAACGAGUAAAGCCAGGAGCAAGUAACCCCGAGCAAAACAAUGGUAUAUGAAUCCAGGCGUCCAGCUGUGAGGCUCGGGAAUGACGCUAGAACAAAAAAAUCAAUUCAUCCGAACCAGGGUUUUCCAAAAGACGACGAUCGCGUGCACGGUUCUUUGUCCGAAACACAAGCAGGCAAAUGAGGCCCUCCAUCACCAGCACCAGCACCAUAUGGCCCAGAACAACCUGCUGCCGCUUCUCAAUUCAGGAGCAGAUCAAAUUGACCAGAAGCCUAUCCUGCCCAUCCAACUUGACCAUAAGCCACCCACCAGUGCUGCGGAUCUCCUCAAAGAUAAUGUGGCCAGCGGAGGUGCACGGCCACCAAUGCCUGUGAUCAAGAAGGAACACAAAGGCAAAACACCGUUUGUCUGCGGCUACUGCAACAAGGCUUUCCGUGACAGCUACCACCUGCGACGCCACGAGUCCAGCCACACCGGCAUCAAAAUGGUGUCCCGGCCAAAGAAGACAGCCCAUACACCGCCCACCAUGGUACCGAUGAUCUCCUCCAUGCCACGAGAGAACAUGAACCCUCCCUACAUCUCCACGGUAGCAGGCCUCCUCUCCACAGCAACCACCUCGGUUUCCUCAGGCACGAGUAUCAUGACGUCGUCCGCAAUGGGCAACAUGCCACAGCAAAAUAUCAUCAAGAAACCCGCCAAACCCGUCAAGAAAAACCACGGGUGUGAGAUGUGUGGCAAAGCAUUUCGUGAUGUGUACCACCUGAAUCGCCACAAGCUGUCCCAUUCCGACGAGAAGCCUUUUGAGUGCCCCAUCUGCCAGCAGCGCUUUAAAAGGAAAGACAGAAUGACCUACCAUGUUCGCUCUCAUGACGGUGGAGUCCACAAGCCCUACGUAUGUUCUGUGUGUGGGAAAGGCUUUUCCAGGCCAGACCACUUGAGCUGCCAUGUGAAGCAUGUGCAUUCCUCAGAAAGACCGUUUAAAUGUCAAGUAACGGCCUGUACCUCUGCUUUCGCCACCAAAGACCGACUCCGUUCCCACAUGAUCCGGCAUGAAGGCAAGGUCACCUGCAGCAUCUGUGGGAAGAUGCUGAGUGCAGCCUACAUCACCAGCCACUUGAAGACUCACGGACAGACCAACUUUAACUCCUGUAACAAAGACGGCAACAAUGUCUGCAAUUCUUCCUCAGCUACACCUGUGACCAUUUCUGCCCCCAUCACCUCGGCGAUGAACCGGGGACUCUCCCACCUCAACAACCACCCCAUCACCAUUGCUGCACAAAUGAACAUUAGCACCAACACGGUCAACAUCACAUCUCAAAUGGGCCUCCAGCAUCCAGUCACCAUCACCGGGCCCGUCAACAUCUCCUCCGUCAACAUCCCCGGCACGGGGUCCAUGAAUAUUGCCCACCCGGUCGCAAUAACCUCCUCCAUGCCUAUGAAUAUAGGCCAGCUCAACAUUGCCAUGAGGUCCGUCGAUAGCAUGCCUUUUCUGUCCCAAGUCUUGCCUUCCCAGCCCUGGUAAAAAGCGGAGAGAGAGAGAGUUGAACUGGCCAGAGAGAAAGGGAAAAUGAAGCGAAACAGGAGACUUGUGUCCUCAUGAUUUGCACCUCCAGCCCGGCUCUUCCUCCCCCCUCCGAACCCUGUUUACUUCAUCACACCACAAAGUGAAUAUUAACCCGAGCUGUGCGGCCGGCAGGAGCUCCCCCCCCCCGAGUCCGCAGCCACGUCCCAAACAAUGUUGAGUGACUGACAUGAGACGCAGGACACUUUGAGUAGGAAUCGAGUAGGAUUUACCUUGAAAUCAGGACUUAGCGUAGUCAGUUAGAGAGAGAUGAAACUGUGAUUUGUAUGAUGACAAAUGAGAGGAGAGGAUUCCUCAGACACUCAUGAGGACUCUGUAGGAAGACACACCUGUGCUUUUUUUGUAAAAGGGAGAUGAGAAAUGGACUGAAGCAAUAACGACGAAAUUGCUGUUUUUGAUGUUUUACAAGUUCUCUCCCAAGCCUCUGGGUGUUGCUUUGUAUGUCGUUUUCUUUUAACUAUAGCCUGCUAAUCACUAUUUAAUGUCAUAGGAAAUGAGUCUAGUAAAAGGGACAGCCGCUUCCACAUACAUGGAAGACUAUUUUUUCACAGUGCAUAGCUUUUCUUCUUCUUCUCAGAUAGUAGGAUGCUCUCGAGGUACAGUGACUAACUUGUACAGUUGACAUAGUAAUGUAUUUUCAUGUCAGCAUUUCAGUUUUAAUUCAAGUGGAUAUGUGGACACUGUCCUCCUGACUAUGAAAUGUUUGUGCGUUGUUUUUCUGUUUGUACGGAAACACAAAGGUCUGUUUUUCUUUGCCUAUCUGUAGUGUUCAUUUUUUUUUUUCUCCAUGAAGUCAGAAUCAAACAAGUCUUGCACUGAAAGCAUAUCCUACAUACAGGUGAGCAGCAGUAUUAUCAAAGAUCAAAUUGAAGUCUUUAGUGUUUUGGUUUGCCAGCUGACACUUGAGGGCCAUCUAGUGGCCGAAAAACGGAAAGGCCUGGCGUGUAGUGAGGCUUUUUCAGUCUGUUACCGUCAUCAUAAUGGUGACUAAUUCUUUUUUUUUUUUUGUCUGACUCUUCUGUACACUUUAUUUUGUUUUUAAUUAUCUAUCUGUGACAGCCCCUAGAUGAUACUAAGGAUCAUUCACUCAGGAUACAUCACAUAAAUCCCAUUACACAUGAACUUUUUAAAACGUGUUGUGUUAAACAACCAGGUUUCCCAUCAGGGACGAGAAGUCCAAUAAUGAUUGAUUUUUAAACUUAGCCGUCCAUUUAAAUGAUCAAAUACAUGCUGUACCUUUUUAAACCUUUCUUUUAAAACCUAGUUCGGUCUCGGGCUGCAUCGCCAUGUGGCCGAGAUCCGGAUGAGUUUGAUCAAAUGCAAGUUUGUGUCCAUUAAAAUAAUGGGAAACGAUUGGUGUUGCAUGACCCCAAACGCUAGCUGUUGAGCAUCAGCCGUUUUUUUGAAUGAAUGCCAUGUGAUUUCGACAGUGUUGCAGCUCUUCGAGUUGAUUCAGUUCAUACUGAAAAAUGCAAUAUGCAUGUUUGCCAUUUUUCCCAAGUUUUGUUUUAAACAAAAUGAUAGUGUAGCUUAUUUUUUUUGUUGUUAUGCAUUUACGUAGAUACACUAUGAUAGCCUGUUUGCCAAAUUUGAUACAAUAACAAUGUGAUGAACUGAACAUUUCUCGUGGAAUUGAACAACUCUUUAUUUUUAAGGGAAAAAAUGGAAAUUCCAGGACCCUUGUGAAAGCAGUUGAAUGUAUAUCUUUGUACAAAACUAUUUUAGUUCCAAGAAAACGGUAGUUCAGAUAGAUGUGAAAGAUAAGAUAACCUUUUUUUAUAAAUCUUUUGUAUUAGAACAUUAACAAUGGUAAUUUUGUAUAUAUGAGAGGUUAGGAUUUCUGAUUAGCAGAGAGAUCAAACAUUCCUACAUUUUUUUUUAAAUGUAUGUUUGUCAAAUUAUUACAUAAACAUGCGCAAUGUUAUGUGCCUUUUAUUUGGGUUGUCUAAAUAAAAGAAAACUAUCAAAUGUG